GUGAGGUGAGGCAAGUGAGUCUCUGGUAUUGAUUCAAGCUUCUCACCGUCCACUACUGGAGGCAUCAUGAAAUCGUGCAUCAUCCUCGCACUGGCGGCCCUCUGCGGCGUGGCUGUGGCAAUGCCCGGCGGUAUCGGCGGCGGCUUCAUUGGUGGAAGUGGACUGAGAGGAGGCUUCGGCAACGGAUACGGAAACACCGGAUUCGGCGGCUCAAGGGCUGUUAUUAUUCGCGGUGGCGGAGGCGGCUAUGGUGGCGGCUUCAAUGGCGGCUUCAAUAACGGCUUCUUUGGCGGCUACAAUGGCGGCUUCAAUGGCGGCUUCAAUGGCGGCCGAUUUUUCAACCAAGGUGGCUAUGGCGGCGGCAGAGUUAUCAGCAUCGGUAGCGGCCUUGGUGGCAGAUAUGGCUGCGCCUAUGGUAGAUGUUAUUAAGGAGCACAACACCCACCCAUACCACCAUCCUUCCUUCCAUCCUUCCUCUCCCUCUCUGUCUCUCUUUCUUUGUCGUGUUGCUCUCUCUCUUUCCAUCUCUAUCUUUCCCACUCACAGAAGCAAGGGAAAGAGAAAUGGAAAUUGAAGACACACACACACACACACACACACACACACACACACACACACACACACACACACACACGCACACACUGCAACUACCAAGACAAAAAAUUAUUGGAAAAGCCUAUUUAUUAUGAUUUUACCAAUAUGUAACAAUCAAUAAACAAAUUCGAGCA